AGAGAAAACCCUUAAAAAAAAAAAAAUUAUUUUGGCGGAACCACCAAAGCCGAAGGUCGAAGGGGUAGGUGCACCAGAUCCCCACACACAGCAGUCAAUUUCUUCACCUACUCUCUCACCUCUCCGUUCCCUUGGUUUCAUUACGAGCAGCCCACCACAUCAAAAUCAGCAGAACCCAUUUUCCGUCCUUCACGUUUUUUGCUCAUUCUGUGAUUUGUUUUGUGGGGGUUCUUGGAUUCAUUGUCAUUCAUGGACUUCUUGGAAGCGCCAGAAAUCCAGAUUCUGGGUGUGGCUGUGGCUGCUGUGGCAGUUGUGGCUGGGGCUGCAUAUUUCUAUUCCACCAGGAAACCCAAAGGCUGCCUAGACCCUGAGAACUUCAAGCAAUUCAAACUUGUCAAGCGCACACAGCUCAGCCAUAAUGUAGCAAAGUUCAGAUUUGAUCUUCCUACUCCCACAUCAGUGUUGGGCCUCCCAAUUGGACAACAUAUAAGUUGCAAGGGUAAGGAUGGUGAGGGUCAAGAAAUUAUCAAACCAUAUACCCCAACUACAUUGGAUUCUGAUGUUGGAUAUUUUGAACUUGUUAUAAAGAUGUAUCCACAAGGAAGGAUGUCACAUCAUUUUCGAGAGAUGCGUGUAGGUGAUUAUCUGGCUGUAAAGGGACCCAAGGGGCGUUUCAGGUAUCAAGUUGGCCAAGUUAGGGCAUUUGGGAUGCUUGCUGGAGGUUCUGGAAUUACACCAAUGUUCCAAGUUGCUAGAGCUAUAUUAGAAAACCCAAAAGACAAAACGAAGGUGCACCUUAUUUAUGCUAACGUUACAUUUGAGGACAUUCUCUUGAAGGAGGAACUGGAAGGCCUUUCUGCCAGCUACCCUGAUCACUUUAAAGUUUACUAUGUUCUGAAUCAGCCUCCUGAAGCAUGGAACGGUGGCGUCGGGUUUGUAUCCAAGGAAAUGAUCAAGGCCCAUUGCCCUGCACCUGCAUCUGACAUUAAGAUUCUCCGAUGUGGUCCACCACCCAUGAACAAGGCCAUGGCCGCCAUCCUCAACGAUAUUGGAUACACAGAUGAGAUGCAGUUCCAGUUCUAAUCAUGUUCCGGGUAUUUAGCAUAGUCUUGAUCCUUGCAUAUGUUGAACAAGGGACAUCUUAAACCUAGAUUUAUCAGCAUUCUGGGCUCUGAACCUUUUCCAGGCUAAUUGUUGCUUAUUCUAAGCAUGGAGCAAAAGAAAAGUUCAGUCCAAGCAAAAAUAAAGUGAUUAUGGAGAAAUUGAAAGAACGAUUUUGUUUAAAUUGUGAAAGUACUUUCUCAAUUGGGCA